AUGGCUAAAGACAAGAAAUCCAAAUCCGAAGACAAAAAGAAGAAGCUUGCGGAAAAGAAACAAAAACAAGAGAAAAAGGCCGACAAAAAAGAAAAGACUAAAGCUCAAAAAUCCAAAUCCGCCGACGACAGUGACAAUGAAUCCAUCGAUCUUGAUUCUGUUCUUGCCGAGUAUGCUAAAGCUCAAGAAUCUUUCUUGAAGAUCACAGAAAUGGUUUGUGAGCCUCCAAAACCAAGAGCUUCUUCGACUCUCAUCGCUAGUCCUAAUAAUGCGAAUGAACUAUUUUUAUUCGGGGGCGAGUAUUUCAACGGCGCUUUGGCGACUUUCUUCAAUGACCUGUAUGUAUAUGCGGUUAAUAAGGAUGAGUGGCACGUAGUGACUAGCCCGAACGCUCCGUUACCAAGGUCUGGACAUGCGUGGUGUAGAGGUGGAAAUGCAGGAGGGAUAUAUAUGUUUGGAGGGGAGUUUUCCAGUCCCAAACAAGGAACUUUCUAUCAUUACAAUGAUUUCUGGCAUCUCAAUCCCUCUGAACGUGAAUGGACACGUUUAGAAACCAAAGGCAAAUCUCCCCCCGCUCGUAGCGGUCACCGCAUGACCUACUACAAAAACUACAUUAUCCUAUUUGGCGGUUUCCAAGACACAUCGCAGGCGACCAAAUAUCUUUCCGACCUCUGGAUCUACGAUACUUCCAACUUCGUCUGGCACAAUCCCGUUCUUCCCCCCGUGACUCAGAAACCCGACGCCCGAUCCUCCUUCACCUUUCUCCCGCACGAGAAUGGCGCCGUGUUGUACGGAGGCUAUUCCCGUGUCAAAACAAACGUCUCAGGAAAACAGAUGAAAGGCGGUGGAAUGGCCAUGCGCAACGUGCUCAAACCCAUGAUCCAUCAAGACUGUUUCUACCUCCGCAUUACUCAACCCGCCGAUACAUCGACCGCCGCUCCCCCCACCGUGCGUUGGGAACGCAGGAAAAAACCAGCCAACACCCCGAAUCCUCCACGUGCAGGCGCUACAAUGGCUUAUCACAAAGGGCGCGGUAUUCAAUUUGGCGGCGUGCACGAUGUUGAGGAAUCCGAGGAGGGAAUCGAUAGCGAAUUUUUCAAUACACUAUUCGCAUGGAACAUUGAGCGAAAUCGUUAUUUUCCCCUUGCCCUACGUAAGCCACGAGCUCAAAAGAAAAACAACGGAAACGAGCGAGGAGGAGGAAGAAGAGGAAGAGGUCAAGCGAACGAAGAAGAACUCCUACGUAAUCUCGCUGCGCUCGAGACGGGAAAAUCGCUAGCCGAUGCAGAUGAUAUGGAGAUUGACACAAGCAAACCUGAAGAUGAAGAUGCGGAUGCCUUACCCGCUAAGCAGAUUCUCAUGGAAUUCCCCCACGUCAGAUUUAAUGCACAAUUGGCCGUGCAGGAUGAUGUUCUCUAUAUCUACGGAGGUACCUAUGAGAAAGGCGAUCGCGAAUUUACGUUUGAUGAAAUGUACGCGGUUGAUCUAGGCAAAAUGGAUGGCGUAAAAGAGAUAUUUAGACGAGAGCCCGAGAACUGGCUUGGCAGCGAGGAAGACAGCGAAGACGACGAAGAAGAUGAUGACGACGACGACGAAGACGACGAGGAGGAAGAUGCCGACGAAGAUGGCGAUGUCAAAAUGGACGAUAAAAAACAUCUGCACACCGAAAGCACGCGCAAAUCCAAGCGCAAAGAGAAGGACUCUCUUUCCUCGGAACUCCCCGAUUCAUCCCCCACUACGUCUGCGCCCGAAUCCUUCGACGAUACACCUGAUACCUCGACUACCAUUCCGGACGAUCAUCUCCCGCAUCCUCGUCCGUUUGAAAGCCGUCGCGAUUUCUUCCAGCGCACGGGUAAUGAGUGGCAAGAAGCGUUGAUGACGGGACUUCGCUGGAAGGGAAUCCAGCCUGAAACCCUCAGUGUCAAGGAGAUCAAGACGAAGGCGUUUGAGAUGAGUGAAGAGAAGUGGUGGGAUUGUAGAGAGGAGAUUGUGGCGUUGGAGGAUGAGCAGGAGGCGAGUGGGAUUGGGGAGGUUGUGGCGUUGGCGGAGAGGGCAGAGGGAGGAGGAGGGGGUGUGGGAAGGAGACGGUAG